ACUGAACGAAACGAAGAAGACGCAGGCAGCCGAACGUGAGUCGCGUGAGUUCUUCUUGUGGAAUAUAUUGUUGUUGCGCCGCCGCCUACUACUUUUUUGUAAUAACAACAAAAGCAGAGCAGAGCACUGUGUGUGUGUGUGUCCGUGUGUGUAAGUGAAUGCGUGGGAUUACAGCAAGAAAAGCAGCAGCAAAUGCAGCAGCAAAGCAGCAAUAACAGUUCCUUGGUAAACGCGUCGCGUGCUAAUUAAUUGUGUCGCUGCAUUUACAAAAGCAAACAAAAGCUAAACAACAACAAAACCACAUUAGCUAAUGUGCGCUUAACACUCAAAUUUCAAUUUAAUUUACUACCGAAAUAUAUUCCCUUCUGCAUGCGUCAUUGGUAAAGAAGCAGUAGGAAAAAAGGGCAAAGCCCGAAACAGAAUUCAAAACAAAAACUAAAUAAUAGAAAAGGAAAGAGCUACAUCGAAGCUGCUUUCGCUGCUAGCGCUCGCGCUGGUGUUGCCGGCUGCAUUGCCACAGUGCGCAUGUGUAUUAACCACCAACAACGACAACGACAACAACAAAAAACAGCAGAAGUAGUAGUAGAAAAAGUGAAAAGUUCAAGUCACAACAGCUGCAGCGCACUGCAAGAAGUGCAGUAUACGAAAGUAUUCAAUCCAAAAAAAAAAGUGCGUGCAAAAAUAAAAAGUGCAAGUGUUUUGCCAGUGUUGCCUCUGACUUGCAUUCAUUUCUACUACAUACACAAGUGAAAUUUGUUUGCGAGUGUUGCCAGGUCUGCGCACAGGAAAACAAAAAUGUGUUACACAUAUGGAGGAUUGCUGUUGGUUUCCCUCGGUCUCGCCUUGCUGUCGACGUCGACGGCGUCAGCUGCGGCGGCAACCAAUAAGCAACAGCUGCUGAUGCAUCACAGCCACCACAGCCACAGUCACAACCAUCAUCAUAAUAUCAACAAUAACGACGACGACGAUAGUAACAAUAACAACAACAACGACAACAUCAAUAAUAAUAAUAAUAACCCUGGUCAGCCAGGGGAGCAACAGCAAUGGGCGCAACAGCCAACGAGCAAAGAGAAAUUGGAUGUCUCCGAGGAUGCGAUGUCCAAUUACCUCAUGCAGUUUGAUUAUCUGCCCGAGUCGGAUCUGAAAUCGGGCGCGCUGCGCUCUGAGAGCCAGCUAAUAGAGGCAAUACGUAAUCUCCAGGAAUAUGGCAACAUUCCAGUUACGGGCAAAAUCGACCAGGCUACGGCCAAACUAAUACGAAGUCCCCGUUGCGGCGUCGGCGACAAUAAGAAUUCGUAUAAUUUCUCACCGGAUAAGCUCCGGGAUCAUGGCACACGUCAGCGACGCUAUGUCCUUCAAGGCGCCAAAUGGAGUAAAACGGAUCUGACAUGGAGUUUUGCCAACCUAUCAAUGCCAGAUGUGGGUAAAAUACGAAAGCUGAUAUCUCGAGCGUUACUCGUAUGGGAAAACCAUUCGAAGUUGACGUUUCGUGAAGUAUAUAGCUCUCAGGCGGAUAUACAGGUUAUGUUUGUGAGGGGCGAUCAUGGCGAUGGCUACAAGUUCGAUGGACCUGGUUUGGUUUUGGCGCACGCCUUCUAUCCGGGCGUUGGGCGCGGAGGCGAUGCACAUUUCGAUGCAGAUGAGAACUGGGACUUUGAUGUGAAUAGCAGUAAUAGUGAAGGCACCAACUUUCUGAAUGUGGCGCUACAUGAACUGGGUCAUUCGCUGGGCCUGGGCCACUCAUCGGACGAGAAUGCGGUCAUGUUUCCCUGGUAUCAGAACAUUGACGUUAAUGGCAAAUUGCCAGACGAUGAUCGCAAUGGUAUCCAGGAGUUAUAUGGUGCCAAGGAUAAGGUUUGGGGACCCUAUCGACCACGACCCACCACCAGAACAACUACAACGACGACAACAACAAUACGGUCUCUCACCUACUACCCAAAGAGGCCCAUCAACUACUAUCCCAAUGAGGAUCCCACACGAGAUCGUGCACGGGAAGAGCGAAUUCGUCAAGAGCAGGAGCGGGAGCGGGAGCGUGAGCGUGACUGGCAGCGUAAGCGUGAGCAAGAGCGUGACCAAGAACGGGAGCGAGAGCGAGCCCAAGAACGGGAGCGAGAGCUUGAGCGUGAACGAGAACGUGAACGACAGCGACGCCGCGAUCGGGUACGAGAGCGACAGCAGCAAGAACGUGAGCGAGUGCAACAGGAGCGGGAACGUGCACGCGAGCGUGACCGUAAUCGUGAUCGUGAGUUGAUGACAACCUCGACAACAACGAGUAGACCGUACAACUACCCAAUUACGAAUCGGCCCAAUAAACCUCAAAAGCCACGCAAACCGAAGCCAGCCACGUGCAUGACCAGCUACGAUGCCAUCUCCAUGAUACGCUCGGAGCUCUUCAUUUUCAGAGGACAGUUCGUGUGGCGUAUCGGGAGAAAUGGUUUAUAUCCUGGUUAUCCGGCGGAGACACGCAGACACUGGCCCGAUCUGCCCGAGGACUUCAACAGGGUCGAUGCUGUCUAUGAGAAUUCACAGCACCAGAUUGUGUUCUUCGUUGGACGUCGUUACUAUAUAUUUGAUACGUCGACACUGGCGGCAGGAUAUCCACAACCGUUGACUAGUUUGGGUUUACCACCGACCUUGACUCACGUGGAUGCUGCCUUUGUGUGGGGUCACAAUAAUCGAACAUAUUUGACCAGUGGCACUCUUUACUGGAGCAUCAAUGAUCACACGGGCAAAGUGGACUUGGAUUAUCCACGGGACAUGUCCAUUUGGGCGGGUGUCGGUUACAAUAUCGAUUCGGCAUUCCAGUAUACGGACGGCAAGACGUACUUCUUCAAAAACUACGGAUACUGGGAGUUCAACGAUGAUCGCAUGAAAGUAGCCCAUCCACGACCCAGACCCUCCUCCCGCAGGUGGAUGCAGUGUGCUCGCAGUGUGAACGAGGUCGAUGAGGAGCAGGGCUGGACGGCACCACUCGUAUCUGCUGUCAAUGAGACAACCGAGGGGAAUUCAGCGACAAAAACCAGUACAGGGCAGCAAGGACUCUUGUUGGUGUUGGUGGUAGUGUUGAAUUUGUUGGCCCGACUUAGUUAAGAUUCAACGCAACAUUUGAUCUAUACAAGUCUAGAAAUAGCUUUAAGCAUAAUGUAAGGUAUGAUCCUAGCAGUCAUCCUUAAGCGAUACUACUGUCAGACAGUAGAACGUUCCAUUGCAUAACCCACACAGACACACACACAGCGGCCUUACAGAGCGAGUGUACAUUUUAGUUUAUAUUUUUCUAAAAUUCAUUCACUUGCUGUCGAACAACUAUUUAACAAGCAAAAAAAAGUAGAAGAAAACUUGCCAUCUAUUGGACCGAAUAUCAGGAUAUGUUUUUGUACCGCAUGUCUAUAUUAUAACGUAUAUAACAUUUUUUUAUACAAUUAUAUAUAUAUACAUAAACUAAGAUAUCUAGUUUUAUACGCAAUGAAUCCGUUUUGAGAAUUUAUUCGAAUUUCUCAGCCACAACUGCCUUAUAUCGUUAAGUACAGUAUUGCUUCAUAUGGACGAACAGAUUGGCCCGAGUCUUAGUAGCUAUGAGCUGCCCCGCAUUUCAUUGUAUUUUUGAUUUGAUUAUUUUAAACCCAUUCUAAUUAUUUAUAUUUAAAUAAUGUGAUAUUAUCAUAAAUUUUAUGUGUGCGCUUCAGUUAUGAACCAUAAAACGAAAAAAGAAAAAAAACUCAAGAACAAUAAGCAAUUCGAGUUAUUAAAUUUAUUAUUAAUAUUUUUUGUUAGUGUUAGUGCGAUAUAUCUGUAUAUUUAUGUCCUUAAAAACAACACACAUUUAAGUUGAGCGCAUAUACAUACAUAUUUUGAUGAAAUAAAUAAAUACACAGUUUUGCUUCAUUCAUGGUAA